GAGAGGACAGUGUAUGAUUGUACGUUUUUGGGGGACUGCAUAAGUGCGCGAUGUUGUGCAGAAGACCGGGCCCGUGCCCUGCAUUGCUGUCAGUUGUGACAGUUCCCAGACGGCGCUACUGUAUGUGAGAUUGAGUUUCUCAACAAAGAAAACUCCCUCUCCGUCCAAACCGUCCUCAAAACCUUCUCUAGGUGCUCCCGCGCUCUGCAUCCUGGACAGUGGUGAAGCGCGCGGAUCAGCACGACUAGCCUAUAUGAGAGAUGAGAGGAGCUACCUCGGUGCAUGACCGAAGUGGAAGCCGUUAACCGGAGAUGCGGAAACAACACGGCCCAUUGGAACGCAGAUGAUCUAUCUCAUUGGAGGUCACAAGCAUAUAAAGAACCAUAUCUUGGUGGAAGUGUCUGGAUAACGAGGGGGGUAUCGCGCGGCGAGCUGGAUUGGGAUGAUGUCAUCCUCCACAUAUUUACACCCAGAGAGGGGCGAUACAACGGGACUGGCUCGUGAGAAAAACAUCUCUCAAUCUUUCUCUCUAAUACACGCACAGGUGUAAAAUUCUGUUAAACCUUUUAUUUUCCAGAAAAACAAAUCUCAGAAAAGAACAAGCCAUGGAGAAAAGAUGAGAGAGAAAACUAUAGCAACAGAGAAAGAAGAGAGAGGAGAAAAAGAGAAAAUGAAGGCUCUACUGCUCGCGGUUACCUUGCUGCUUGCGCAUUUGAGCGUCAACGCGAUGCCGUCGAACCGCUGGUCGUGCUACAAGAAGGUUCUGAUUGACCGGGACUGUCACAGUGUCGCUAACGGCGUCGACCACAUUCGGCCCAUCGACUCCUUGCAAAACCAUUUCUGGCAGGGCAACAAAUGUGACAUGGUGUGCUACUGCAACUUCAGUGAACUGCUGUGCUGCCCCAGGGACGUCUUCUUCGGACCCAAGAUCUCCUUUGUGAUCCCCUGCAGAACCUUCUGAUCUCUGCGUUCGGAUUGGACAAUCAGCAAGGCAGUGACAGCAGGGGUCAGAGACCAGCCCUAGACCAAUGCGAUGAAAUACUUACCUUCUUUCCCUCCCUCCUCUUAAGGUGAUCAGCAGUAGCUGAUCCAAUCUAAGAUGUGUGAAGAUUUGAGUGAAAGAAGGAAGGAAUAUUUUCUAACAGUAUUUAGAUAUAAUCUUGCCAGACUCUGAUUCUCCUACUGUGACUUAGAUAUACAGUGUAGAUAUACAGUGUCUGUGUCCCUGAUGGCUGCAGCAUAAAGACAGUUGCAGCCCAUGACGUAACUAUAUAAAGAAACAUAGCUACAGAUGCAGAGAUACAGCCAACUCUGCAACAAAAGAUGUGCUUUACUUUAGUAGGAAUAUUUCUUAUUGUUUACAACUUACCUUUUUCUGAGCCUUGAUACACAUGCAAAAAUGAUUUGUUUUUGUUUUGAUCAAUGAAUUGAAUUGAACUGAAUUGAAAAGAAGGUGAAAACCUAAUUAAAGGAAAGACCAUUUUUCACCAAAUUCUGUAUAUGGACUGAAAAUAUGGAGGGAUCCACAAUUGGGUGUUUCCGAGUGUGACUCCAUCCUAGAAUACAGCUCUGUCUCCAUGAAUGAAUAGAACUAUAAUAAACAAUGGUGUGACUGCAGGCAUCUCCUGCUGCAGCAUUAGCCUCACUUCCUGUUA